GCGCCUGCUCCGGAGCCGGCAGCGGGGAGGAGGCGGCGAGCCCCGCGCCCGGCCCUGCCGAGCCUCCCCCUCGAGCUCCCCCGCACCCGCGGGAGGACGGAGCUGCGGGGUCCUGCCCGCCCUCCGCCCUGCCAAUGCUCCAUGGCCACAGCAGGGUGCUAAGCAAUAUUAGAGGAAAACGACAUUAAGACUUAUAAUUUCCACACAGCUGGUUGGAAAAGCAGUUGUCACUGCCUUCCUGGUGCAGCAUGGCAUUUGGACUUGGUGUUCUCUGCCUGUUACUAUGGGCAAUAACAGGUUCCAGUUGUGAGCAGUGCAGAGAAGGAGCCACGUACUCAGGUGCAGUAAUAUCUCCCAACUUAGAAACCACUAAAAUUAUGCGAGUUCCUCAUGCUAUGUCAGUGUCUGACUGCAUUGCAGCAUGUUGUGACCUCUCUGGUUGUGACUUGUCCUGGAUGUUUGAACGACGCUGUUACGUUGUGAACUGCCAACACAAAGAGAAUUGUGAACCUAAAAAAAUUGAAACUGUGAAGUCCUAUCUUACUUUUGUGCUGAAGCCUUCUCAGAGGCCAGCCUCGCUGCUAGGAUUUGGGCAAGUGAUCCCAAGCAUGAUCCACUCUGUGGGACUCCAGAAUGAGCCAUCUGAGGAAGUGAGUAGCCUGAAGGAUUUGUCUCUGCUUGGUAAAGAUCCCAGCCUUGAGGAGAUACCUGAAUACACUGAUGAUUAUAAAGAGUUGGAGAAGGACCCCUUUCAGGUGAGCAUCAAACAUGAGCAGAAGGAGAGCACAGAUUAUGCUGAUUGGAGCCUGAUGGUGGCAGGUGAAAAUGGCUUCAACUCUUCUAUGGGAGAUGAUGGAGAUAACCAGGAAAACUUUGCUGAAAGGAAAGGAGGAGUUAGCAAGGUGGAAAGCCUUCUGAAUAAAAACAGCUCUGAAUUUAACUCUGUCACUGAACACUCCAUAGAGAGGUUGUCGUCUGUCACAGAGGUUGCACUGUUCCCUGGGAAGACAUUUGAAAGCGAAGCAGCUGUUCAGCCUCUCUCACAACCUGAUGAUCCUUUGCAAAAAGAGGCUGCCACACCUUCUCCUUCUUCAGACAAACUGAAUUUCUCCCCAGGUGUGUCAGAGACAACCCAGACCCCCACAAUGGCCCCAGAGAAUGCCACUGAAGGUGGGAUCAUGCAACUUCCCACUAAUACUGUGUCAUCUGAGCCUAUGCAGCAAUUCACACCACCUGCUACUGCUGCUAAAGCAGAUACAGUAAAAGAACUUACUGUGUCUGCUGGAGAUAACAUACAAGUGAUGCUACCCAAAAAUGAGGUUGAACUGAAUGCCUUUGUUGUCCCGCCACCGCCUACAGAAACAGCCUACACCUACGAGUGGAGCUUGAUCAGUCACCCUGCUGACUCUGGUGGCGAAAUGGAGCAUAGGCACAGCCAGACCCUGAAGCUCUCUCAUUUAUCAGUGGGACUUUAUGCCUUCAAAGUGACAGUUUCAGGUGAAAGUGCAUUUGGUGAAGGUUUUGUAAACGUCACAGUCAAACCAGCAGUCAGAGUCAACCAGCCACCUGUUGCCAUUGCUUCACCUGAAGUACAAGAAGUUUCUUUGCCUACAACUUCUACUUUCAUUGAUGGCAGUCAAAGUGUAGAUGAUGUGAAGAUAGUGAGUUACCACUGGGAGGAAAUUAAAGGUCCACUGCGAGAACAGAAGGCAUCUGCUGACACACCUGUCUUGCACUUGUCUAACCUUGUUCUUGGAAAUUACACUUUCAGACUCACAGUGAUCGAUUCAGAUGGAGCAGCUGACUCCACCAUUGCAUCUCUGACUGUCAACAAACCAGUGGAUUACCCACCUAUUGCCAAUGCAGGACCUAAUCAGGCAGUCACCUUGCCCCAGAACUUCAUCACGCUGAAUGGAAACCAGAGCAGCGAUGACCAUGAAAUUGUCAGCUAUGAGUGGUCGCUCAGUCCCAAAAGCAAAGGCAAGGUUGUAGCGAUGCAGGGAGUGCGGACGCCGUACCUCCAGUUAUCUGCAAUGCAGGAAGGAGAUUAUACGUUUCAGCUGACUGUCACAGACUCUGCAAGGCAGCGGUCCACGGCUGAGGUCACACUGAUCGUACAGCCUGAAAAUAACAGUCCUCCAGUAGCAGUGGCUGGCCCUGACAAGGAAUUGACCUUCCCAGUGGAGAGUGCUACGCUGGAUGGAAGCAAAAGCCAAGAUGACCAAGGCAUUGUCUUCUACCAUUGGGAAAAUAUCAGUGGACCAAGCUCUGUACAGAUGGAAAAUGGUGACAAAGCAAUAGCAACUGUGACUGGUCUUCAGGUUGGUACCUACCGCUUCAGACUGACCGUGAAAGACCAACAGGGCUUAAGCAGUGCAUCCAUGCUGUCUAUUACUGUGAAGGAAGAAAACAACAGUCCACCCCAGGCACAUGCCGGUGGGAAGCAUGUUCUAGUGCUUCCAAAUAACUCUGUUACCUUGGAUGGCUCAAGGUCUGCUGACGACCAGGGGAUUGUGUCAUAUUUGUGGAUUCGGGAUGGUCAAAGCCCAGCAGCUGGGGAUGUGAUCCACGGCUCAGACCAUGAGGCAGUGCUGCAGCUAACAAAUCUGGUGGAAGGAACCUAUACUUUUCACUUGAAAGUAACAGAUGCUAAAGGAGACUCAGAUAUUGAUUCAGCAACUGUUGAAGUGCAGCCUGGUAUGACAAUUACAAGCUCAUCAAUACAUUAUCCCAGAAGGAGUGGUCUGGUGGAGCUGAUUCUGCAAGUUGGGGUGGGACAGCUGAGUGAACAGCAGAAAGACACUCUGGUGAGACAGCUGGCUGUAUUGCUGAAUGUUUUGGAUUCAGAUAUCAAAGUUCAGAAGAUACAAGCCUACUCAGAUAUAAGCACCUCGGUUGUGUUCUAUGUACAGAAUGGGCAUUCUUCCAAGGUGAUAAAGGCGUCAGAUGUCUCACGAACUCUGCACGUGCAGCUUUUGAAAGAGAAGGCUGACUUUCUGCUUUUUAAGGUCCUGCGGGUUGACACAGCUGCCUGUCUUCUAAAAUGCUCUGGACACGGACACUGUGACCCCAUAACAAAGCGCUGCAUUUGCUACCAGCUAUGGAUGGAGAACUUGAUUCAUCGUUACCUAAAUGAUGGAGAGAGUAAUUGUGAGUGGAGUAUACUCUAUGUGACUGUAUCUGGUUUUAUUUUGAUUGUGAUCAUGGUAGGGCUUGCCUGGUUCUGCGUCUGCUGCUGCAAAAGUAGAAAGAGGACGAAGAUAAGAAAGAAAACAAAAUAUACCAUCCUAGAUAACAUCGAUGAGCAGGAGAGAAUGGAGCUACAACCCAAAUAUGGUAUAAAACACAGAAGUACAGAACACAACUCCAGUCUGAUGGUCUCAGAGUCAGAAUUUGACAGUGAUCAGGACACUAUCUUCAGCAGAGAAAAGAUUGAAAGGGAGAAUCCCAAAACCCUUACCAAUGGAUCCAUCAGAAAUGGUGUCUCCUUCAACUACAGCUCCAAAGACAGAUAACUGGAUGACAGUAAAAGCACAGAAGACGCUGGUCCAACACAUGUGAAACAUGUUGGCCCACUUCUGUUUUUCCAGAACUGAAAGCUUCCUAAAAUAUCAACUAAUUGCAAAUGAAAGGAUGAAUUUCUAGUACAGUCAGGGGAAAGAAGGAGGGAGGAUUAGAUGGUCAGCUAACUCCUCUUGUCACCGUUAGAGGAACAAAGAAGACCACAUCUUAAGUCUUGCAUGUUCCAUGCUGAAUGUUUGUUUGAAGUUCAGAAGGUUUUUUUCCUAUAUCACUGGUGUGAAACUAGGCAGGGCUGUUAAGCUGCAAACAACAGUAACUGAGAUGCAUACAGAUUUGUGUCCUGCACACCUCUCUGUCUCUUGGAGAAGCAUUGUCAUCAUGAUGCUGACUUAAAACAGUGAAAGAUAGCAUAGAUAAAUUCCCUUACAACUUAUAGGUAGCUCUAUGUGACCACAAAGUCCAUCUUUAUUUUCAGUUUAGGUUGGGAACACAAAGACAGAGCAUUUUUAGUGCAUUGUAUUUAUCUCUGGUUCUGCUUUGUGACUUGCUUUGCUAUAGGGGUAGUGCUCAUCAGAUGGAAAUGUUGUUUUCAAAGGAAGUUUUCAAUUAGCAGUUGGACUUCAUUAUCUGUAAAGUAAUGUGAUACAUCUGUGUCCGGUAGGAUGCAAUGUUCCUUGUAUUUACGUAGAAAGUAUGGUGCCUGCACAGAAAUCCAGCCUUAGGUUUCUUCUGUAAUUAUGAAGAGGCUUUGGCUUUCUGGAGCCUGCCACAUUCAGCCAGAAAACAGUAGCAGAAAGGUGAGAAGGACUCCAUGCGAUGCACCUUCAGGAGCAUUUUUUAGCAUCCCAAAGAGCAUUUUGCUUAGAGAGCACUUUUAAGGAGCUCUGGACCUUUUAAGGCUGAACCCUCAGGUGAGGUGAGUUUUCAUCUGAGUCUGCCUCAAUGCUCAAUUAAAGAAUGUGCCAGGCAUUUGUGUAGUGAAAUGCUUGUGGUGAAAUAUGUGAAGCAGGAGGUUCAACACCUACCUCCAUUGUCACGGGAGCUGGUACUGAGGAAGGUUUUAGCUUGAACAUGAGAUUGUUUGACUUUUUCCUUUGUGGCUGUUCAGUGGCUAGAUGUGUUGGCUUGAAGAGAUCCCUUUAGAUGAUUGUGAAGGAUUGCUAUGUUGGAGUUCUGAUGUUUCUGUUUAUAAUCUGGAUAAUUUUUUUUCCAGAGUGCUUGUUAGCUUUUAAAGCUAUGCACCCAGUACUGCUCUUGAAAUCCCAAACUUUUACACCUAAGCCUUGUUUGGGAGGGCAUCUGUGUCAGCAACACUGUCUGGCCACACUGGGCUUUCCUGGAGGCUCUUUACUGACAUGCUUGGGCUGAGCUGGAGGAGCAUUGUGUUCUGAUGGAGAAAACAUUCCUCUGGGAGCAUUUUGGAUGGGUUUUUUUUAAAAAGAAAAGUUUUUUAAAUUUUUUUUUAAAUCUGAUAGUGGAGAAUCUAUUAAUACAGAAAGGUGGAGCAGUAGAAAGAGAUCAGGGGGAGCAGAUGAGAAAAGUCAACGAGUGGCCAUCGCCUGCCUCCAUGAUGAGGAAUAAUUUGAUGGUGAAUUUUGGGCUUUCCUCCAUCAACAGAGUAGUUGGGUUGAACACUGUGGUUCCUGUGCUUCUCUUGUUAAUGGAUCUGGGCAAAAGUCAGAAGAACUGUCUGGAGUGGAAGGAAUCGAUAGUCAAAAGUUGCAGAAACUUAGGGUGCUCGUAACUGGUUUCAUGCUUUUGAUUCUCAAAUGCAGCCAGCAACAGUCCCUAAGGCUGCUAAUUCUGCACUGAGGAGCAUUUAUCCUGUGCCCAGUUCUGCAUUUCUCUGGAGAGCCGAGUGUGGCUGCAGGAGUUGUAGUGCUGAGAGGGGCUAUGAAGAGCUACAAAGGGCUAAUGCAAGUGUUUUCCAUGUUUACCCAUACCCACCAGCAAGACGCAGUAUAAAUGGUAUGAUUUGCUUUCUUCAGAAGCCAAGGUUUAACUCUAUGUGUAUGGGAGUUCUAGGCUAUUUAUUGAAACAAAUCUACUUUAUCUCACCCUUGCCCUUCUUGAGAGAGAGUGUGUGUGUGUGUGUGUAUUUUUAAAUAACUGGGUCAAUGAAAGCAAAAUCAGCUUUUGAUGUCUUUCAAUUUCUGCUCCAGGUGUGUUAAUAUAAUAAAUGCCAAGUUCAUUUUAGAGCAUUCCUGAAGAAAGUUAAUGCCCACUUAAAAUACUAAUUUUUCUUUUUAAAUCAAAAUGUUGGGCUUAAUUCAUUCUGCACAAAUUCCAAAAUGUUCUAGCAGGAAUUAUGCUCUUGAAAACAUACAUUAUAAUUGUAUAAGCAAUUACAACUUCAUAUUUGCCACGCUGCCAUUCAUGCUUCUGCUAAAUACUGUAUCCACUGUGCCUUUAUCUAUAAAGCUGUCUUUUAGAACACAUCAGUGCAGUCAGCAGCAUCCUCCAGUUUUGUAGUGAGUCACUUGUGUGGUUUAGGUUUAUUUUACAUUUUUAAAGCUGAUGCUGAAGGCCAGGAAGUUUUUUUUCUUCAAGGAAUUAAAAUUCAGGUAUCUUUUUUUAAAAAAAACUGAAGACUGAUUCUCUAGUGAAACAACUGCAGAAAUCACAAAUCUGCUUUCCUCAAUGCUGCAGAAUUCCCAUGGCUAUUCCUCCUGCCCCGCACAUGUUGUGGACUCAGAUCUUUGGAUUGGUGCUAAGUUUCUGUGCCAUGAGAACGUAUGCAUAAUUUGACUAAGUAUUUCUCACUCUAACAAAUAAGAAACAUAAGACCAUUUUCUUAUUGCAUGAGGCUCUAGCAAGUGGGAGUUUGCCAAAUUCUGUACUCAAGAUGAUCAUUUGACAUCUUCAUUGGUAACAGUAUGUUAAGUUUUGAAAGCGGAAUAUAAUUUAAAUUUUUGAGCUUUUUAAUUCUACUGAUUUGAUUGUCCCAUCUCCUUGGAAGGAGAAGUCAUUCCUCUUACAUAAGAUCAGGCUUGCUUUUAGUACAAAACUUGCACAGAAGUUGAAAGUAAUAGUUUCUGGCUCUGUGAUGUUGUGCUGUUAUGUUUGUGUCGCUUGGCUAAGCAUCGUUUUGUCAGGAAUUUAGGAGAGACCAUAGCAAGCCUUAGGUCUUGAUUCAGUAUAAAUUUUAUUUCUAUAACUUUUGCUUUUUUGCAGAAUGUCAGGUCAUACCUGGAAUGAAAGGGCUGGAAAACUAGCUGUUAAGGUGCAAACUCAGUGGUAGAAUUCUGAUGCUAGCUUUCUGAUUUGGGUUAUGGUUUUGAAGCAGGUUCUCAGCCCUCAUAUUUACUUCCACACACCAUUUUCCUUCAUAUACAGAAAGAGCACUGGCAGCUUCUUUGUGAAAUAGGGAUGGGGAUAUUCCCAAGAGUUUCAUCUGCACAGAAAAGCAAGAGACCAAAUACUGCUCAGAGUCCACUGAAAAUACAGAAUAAAUUCAGUCUGUCACUGAUAAGAUAAUGCCUCUCUGAGGGCAGACAGUGUGCUGAUAGUUUCAGUGCUUCAUAGCCUUGAUGUAAUCAGCAGUUUUUCCUUUUCAUCUUGGUUUUACAUUUGUACAUGCUGAUUCACGCACAAGCAGAGAUUGUCCAGCUAAGAACCAUCUUUGUUUGCAUUUUAAGUAAGAAGUCUACUUUGGAAAAAAAAAAAAAAACUUCCUUACUAUUACUGCCCGAGGCGUGAAACAGGUCCACUACUCAAGUUCAGUACUCAACGCAGUGUAUAUGCAACACAAAACUGCCAUGCUGGGGACAGGUCAUCAGAGUGUGUUUCACUUUCUUAACCAAAAUGCCACUGCAGUAUGAAACUAAAUUUACUGUGGGAAAUCUGCUGAGAUGCACAUCCAAAUUCUCUGUCCUAUAGUUCAACCUUUAAUAUUAACUGGUAGACUGCUGAGAAAUCAAAGCAAAAUGUGAAUGGUCUAAUUGCAGAGGAAUGUUUGUUUAGAGAGGGGAGAAAAGGCUAUACCUGUUUCAUGUGCAAGAAUACAAUUCAGCUGUGUCCUUUUAGGUAAACAGUCUUGCCAGUCUCCUUCUGUCAGGUGCAUCAGAUAGAGGUACUGUUCAAGCAUCUCUUUUGUGCUGCCAGCUGUGUUUGCUUACAUGAUGCUAAUUUUCCUUUUCUUUCUUGGUGGCCAAACAGAAGAGCACACAUGUGAGAAAGAAAAGUCUGUGAACUGAACAGAGUGAGUGCAUGCGUGUGUUCUCUAUGCUGAAUUUAAACCUUCCGGAGGUAGUUCCGAUGUUCUUGACUACUAAGUGAGUUUUCAGGCAAAUUUAUUUUCUGUUUUAAGCCUCACAUGAAACUAGUUUUGCCCCUCAGUGCACUGAUAAUGGGCUGUACUCACCUGGAGUUUUGGGAUGCUGGCAAUAAAAAGAGAGCUGCUUUAGUCUUAUGAGCCAUUUUUGUGAGGUUUGAGAGGUAAACAUUCCUCUAGGAAAAGGGAAAUAGGAUAGAAGUGAAUUGCAGUUUCUUAACAUCAGCUAUUGCUUCUCAUUGAUCCUCACUAGAAUAUUAAUCCCAUACUUCUGCAGCAAAGGAGCAACCACUCCACAGACCUUUUAGGUACUGAACUCCCCAAGGUAAGGGAGGGAACCUUAAAUCUUAAGAAGUGAAUUUUAAAAAGGAGGGAGAAAAGACAAAUCAUUUUUUUCUUUUGCACAGGCUACAAGUGAAGAUGAGCUGCACAUCAGCAGUUGUCUCUGUAUGGAAGUACUUCUCCCUGUGGGUGGAUGAGUGAGCUAUUACAGAAUUUAUAUUAGAAAUCUGUUUCUAGAAAAUGUUAUUUAUUGUAAAGGUCAAUGUAUUGUAACUGGAACCAUUUCUGAGCUAAAAUUACAUUUAUGUAACCGCAAAUAAAGUUUUGUCUUUCCUUCUAGUCACUCGUCAGGUACUCCUUUAGACUUGGUCCUCUGUAUAGGACUCAACACUCAGGUCAGGCUAAUAGAGAUCUGUUGUUUCUUAUAGCUUAUUUCUGCACUCAAGCAUAAAAGCAAUUCAGUAUCUGAUCCAUUCCUACUGACAAAAGCAAAACUAUCUUUUUUUCAGAGAGGGAACAUAAUUCAGUACAUCAGAUAGAGAAAAAAAAAUCACAGCAGUUCAUAGUAAGAGAUUUCAUGUACUGCAGGUCCUUAAAUGAUUUAACUGGCUGUGUGUAAAUAUUUUCCAGCUGUCAUGCCAUGUGUGAUGAUUUCACAAGUUUUGUGGCUUAUUCUAUAGCAAAUCCAAUACUUCAGUGUUUGUAAGUACAAUGCUGCUUUGCAGGAAUAAGAGAUACCUGCAUGCAACAGAACACCCCUAUCAGCCAAGGGUGGACUACGCUGUCUGUUUCUGAACUGGAAAAGAAAAAUCAAUGCAUCAGUGUGUGUGAAGUUUGUGCUAAAUCACAGUAAUAAAAGAUACUAUGAGAUACAAGUGUCUUUCUGUAAGAAAAAACAUACACCAUAAAAGCAACUUGAAAUCUAUGUGGAUAUGUGGCACCUCACACAAUUCACAGUUGAGUCCUACAAGGGAAUACUGGCUGCUAAAUGAACUGAUGAGUUAGAGUGUCUGUCCUUUAUCGAUGAACAGAAUCUGCCCCUUGGUGGACUGUACAUUUUGGUAACAGUGGUAGCCCCCUCUCUCCCUUUUGACUAGGCUGAUGCAAGUCUUGUGCGACAGAAGAUAAUCAGCAGUGAUUCCCAAACACCUUAAGCCAGUUGUGCCAAGUAGCUUCAGCAUUCACUGACAGAGCCAAUAAACUGCCAACCUCUCAUUUCUUGGAAGGGUCUAGGCAGAGUUUUGACAUUGGAAACAUUUUAAACAAGGGUUAAAAUGUAACUCAGAUCUUCUGAACACCAUACUUAAAUCUUCUCUUUUAAGAUAGCUCAAACAUAAGCAGUAGGGAUAUGACGAAGGGCAUGACCAGUUACACUUAUGACUCUGCCAGUCACAGUAAAACAGUUAAUUGGUGCCAAGGCACAGCACAGACCAUCUUUUACUUCCAGGAUUGCCCAACCCACAGCAUGUGCCUGACUGAUUUAGAACAGUAAAAACUGUUUUACUCUGUGCAAACCAUUUAAACUGCUGUUUAGGUUCUGUGACUUAAUCAUGAAAGCACAACUAAUCAUCAAAACAGAACUGAUCGGCUGCAGAGAACUAGCCUGCUUAAACAUUGCCUCAAUCUUGGUGACAAGAGACAACGACUGCAAUCUGCCAGCUACUGUAAACAAAAUUAAGUACUAGAUAUUGGUCAGGCUUGACAUACUUCUCAGGAUGACUAAUUGUAUAUCUUAUAGAAUCACAGCACCAUUAAGGUUGGAAAAGACCUCUAAGAUCAUCAAGUCCAACUGUCAGCCCAACAUCACCAUGCCUACUAAACCAUGUCCUGAAGUGCCAUGUCUGCAUGUUUUUUUAACACCUCUAGGAAUGGUGAUUCCACCAUUUCUCAGGGCAGCCUGUUCCAAUGCUUGACCAAUCUUUCAGCGAAAACAUUUUUCCUAAUAUCAAAUCUAAACCUCCCCUGGUGCAACUUGUAGCCAUUCUCUCUCAUCCUAUCACUUGUAACUUGGAAGAAGAGACCAACAUGUAGCUCUCUACAACCUCGUUUCAGGUAGUUGUUCAGAGCAAUAAGGUCUCCCCUCAGCCUCCUCUUCUCCAGACUAAACAACCCCAGUUCUGUCAGCUGCUCCUUGUAAGACCUGUUCUCCAGAUCUUCACUGGUAUUGGAUCAUUGUUAGCAGCAUAAAGAGCCUCAUUCAUUUAUUCUGAGCACCCAAGACAACUUUGCCAGGUUCACGCACCAAUGGACAAGCAUUACCUAGAGCAACUUGCCAAAAAAAACCCAAUGUACACUGUGGUUGGAGACGAUUUCUGCUUAUUUAAGCUAAAAAUUCUAAUAUCUAGGAGAACAGGUAAACAGUUUCUUAGGAGUUUAAUGCACAGAGGGCAGGCAGUGGGGGUCAAACAACAUCUGUUUAAAAGGGUAACAUAAGAAAUUAAAAUGGAAAUUGCCCAUGACUGACUUGGGUUGGAAAUUAGAAGACAGUUUCUGAGGCUUCAAAACUGUAUUAACUGAAGGGAAAUAGAAAAAGCUUCCAAAAGAUCUAUUUAAAACUUAAUAAAUGAAGUAAAGAAUUAUAGAAGCAAUCAUAUUCUGGAAGCAGGGAAAAGCACACUGAUCCACAAAGCCUAUGUAUUGUAGGAAAAUGUUUGCUUCAGCAUAAAAGAGAUGCAUACAAAAUGACUGAUGGCAUAUUAGUACAUCAAAGAAGCCUCAUCUAUUUGAUUUAGACUCAAGGGGCUGUAAUUGGAGUAACCAAAAUCAAAGCCAAACAUCAUAAACAUGUAGAUGCAAAGAAGUUUCUUUUUUUCCAGUGCUAAAGCUGGCAAAACAAAACAUUCUCUGCAAAUGUGAGAUCAAAUUUAACGGGGUUGCUGUCUGUCAGUUCAAUGACUAAGGUAAUAUACCACAAAAUCCUGUGCUUUCACAGAAGUUAUUUAUUAAUUGAAAACACUUUUCCAUCACAGUUUUAAUAUCCAGAAAUCACUCAACUAUCACAAGCGUAAUCAACACAACUGAGGUGUGAGAAUUCAAGUAUAUCUUUUGUUGAAGAAUCACAGUUUUUGCUAUAAAGACAACUUUAAGAUUAUUCUGUGCUUAACUGACAUAGACCUUACCGACACAAGGAUACUAUGCUCGAAUCCAACCACAAUCCAAUCUAGACAAAGGUAUUUUUAAAGUUUAUUACAUACCUUAUCUUUAAUUAUGGUUUGUGCUUGUUAUCAGGCAUAAUAAAUUGUAUUAUUUGCUAGGAAAAAAGUAAACAUUUACUCAUUAAUUUUAACAGUGCCAUCUCAGAAAAGACAUCAAGAUUUUCAAUGCACCGAUAGAUCAGUAAUUUUGCAAUGAACAGAGCAGUGGGUUGAAGAAUUUAUCUUCCAACUGCACGGUCCCCAAAAGUACCCCCCUAUCCCAAGACUGCACUGUCAGACAGCAAUAAGCGAGAUUACUUUAAUUUCAACCUUACACUGCAAUUCACAGACGGCCAUAUUUUAAGCCUGGGCAAUUUCAGUGGCAGAUACUCUGCCUGUGUACAAUGCCUGUAGGUGUGCCUGCAUCACUAUUGCGGUACCAAGGCACCCAGGUAUGACCUCCUUCUACCUAGUUACUCUUUCCAAGAGACAUGUAUUGGCAGCCAAGGCUGGCAAACAGCUUCCUCUUCCACAAAAGCAUAUUGCCCAAAUUCACGCAGUCAGUGCAUUCAAGUUUAAGCUUGGAAGCUUAAGUUAAGAAAGUUUCUUGCAACUAGUGUAAAAGUAGGCCAUCCUUUUUUUGUUCUUGAGAACAACCACAUAUGCUGCAACUGAUAACAAUAUUAAAUCCUCAUGACCCUCAUGAC